UUGGUAAAAUAUAAAUUGGUUGAUAUAGAGAGAGUUGUAAACAAUAACGAAAAACAGAGGUUUAAACUAAAGCUGAAUUCAUCUUCUAAAUUUGUAGAGAUAAAAGCUAAUCAAGGCCAUUCUAUUGAUAUUUUUUAUACUAGUGUCAAGAGUGGAAUGCGAAAAGAUUUUCAGGUGUUGAUUUACAUUGAUUUAAAAAAGACACUAAAAGGUUUGAAGUUUUAUGAGGUAGAGAGUGGUGUCAUUUUGACAGAGGGUGAUGUUCGAGGAUUUCUUAAUCCGAAAUAUAAUAAAAAAAACCCAAACCAAACUCAUAUGAUUUAG